AUGAGGGAAGGGAGAGCAACCUCUCAUCGCUGCGAAGAGAGGCGGAUCUCUCCGCGUAGCUUGAACAUCAGCCUUCGAGCUGAGCGGACGUUCACACGGGAGUCUCCGCGUAGCAUAGAUACUUCUUUGGAAUACUUUCUUGUUAGCUGCUUCCCGAAAGCAGAGGACGAAGUUUUCGAUCUCCUCCUCCAUGAUUGUCACUUACCAGUUCCGGCCUCCACUGAUGCUAAGGACAUUCAGACAGCGGCAGCAGAAGCAGCCAUUGCCUUUGGGCAACCGAAUUCCGAGUCUUCGGAGGCGGUGUCUCGAGAUGAUAUAAUGGAGGAAGCCGCCGCUAUAUGGCCGAGAAAUGCUUUCUUUACCGAUGAGGAAGCUCUUUUUGGAAUGCCAGGGUUGAUUGACAAUAUGGCUGAUGGGUUGAUGCUACUUCCACCUUACUGCAUGGAUACUGAUAACGUGGAAGUAUAUGCUGACGUGUCUUUAUGGAGUUAUUCCAUUUAA